GAGAACAUCCGGCGCACAUAAAAGUUUUGUGCACAUGGUGCACACAUUAAAUCAUCACUAUCCAUUUCAGAUCUAACGUGUUUAGUUAAUCAUUGUAAUUUAUAAAUGACAUCUUCCACCACGUCAGAGGAUGUCCUUAGCAAAUAUAUAAAACAACUACAGACGAUAAUACGUGCAUCAUGUGCACUAAAAUUCUAUGUGCACUCGAUAAGUUUUCCUGGUGUCCGGUCCGGCUACCCCUGUUCCCUCUCGCAGUCGCAGACUUCUCUUCUCGCCAAACCCUAAUCCUGCUCCUGCCUUUCUCGUCUCCAACCGUUGGCCGAGCAGUAGCGGUGGCGAUGGAGGGCAAGGAAGAAGGUCGGAUCUUCGUGGGCGGCCUGUCGUGGCAAACGGACGAGCGCAAGCUUGAGGACGCCUUUGGCCGCUUCGGCAAGGUCGUCGACGCCCAGGUACCCGUGCCCCCAGUCCGUCUACGUUAGUGCUCAUGCCCGCCCCAGGUAGUUUUGCUAGAUCCAUCGAUUUCGUGUUGUCCGCGGUGCGAUAUUGUUGGGUAUGAUGGUUGGAAGAUCGGUGGGUGAGGUGGAAAGGCGGAUCUGUAGAUUGUUUUUGCGUUCUGUCGAACAGAGAUGUGUGUUUUGCGUAGGAAGGAGGAUUGCGAUUUCUGCUCACUUUUAUGUCUUUCGUUGUUCAGCAAGAGGCGUAACUUGGUGAGAGAAAAUAUUUUUCUUCUCUUUAGUUUGCAGUAGCAAAGUUGAAUUCUUUGGCAUCACUGAGAGCGAAAUUAAAAUGAUGAAACGGUACUUCUUGUUGCGAUGAACCAAGAAAUUAGUAUCCUGUAGACCUGUACAAACAUGCAUCCUUGGAUUCCUUGCUUCUUAAAGAGAGUAAGGACCUAAAUAGUCUAGUGUCAUUUGUCUAUUAUGGUUCAUGUUUAUUUUUCUAUGUUGAUAGCUUGCUCUCAGAAAUUCAUGAAUACUCACUGUUCUUGUUUUUCCAUCUUUCUUUGCAACUGGGAUCUGUUCUCUCGGCCAUUCUUUGUUUGCUGAGGCUGAAUGAGCGGCAGAUUUCCAGAGUUGGAAUGCAAAGCGAAUAAGCGAUGCUUGUUGCUUUCUAGAGCUGAAUUGCUGAUGUGGUUCAUUACAGUUAGAUGCCUGAUUUGAGCACUUUGUCUAUGAAAUUGGAUUGAACAAAUGGAGAACAGCCAUUGGUCCUACUGUUGCUGGUGUUCUGCUAUUUCUUAGUUCAGUUUCAUGGUCUGAUGAAAGAGAGGGAAUGUUACUGUUGAUUUUUUUGGCUAGAAUUGGAUGAACAACACCUCCUUAGUUUCUGAUCUGUGGGAAUUCUGCUCGGCCAGCACGAGUUGUGCACACCUGCAGAGAACUACAACAGGGACUAUGCUCAUGACACUGAUUGAUAGAUGAAGCUGUGUGACUAAUUGGCAGAUCUGCACACGUUACUGCUCCAGUGGGUUGAACUGAUUUUAUUGGCUGAUAAGAUGCAACAGUAAUUAUCAAUUUGUUAUAAGUGUUUGGUUGUGUUGACUGCCCUGGGCAUGUUUUCAGUUGAGUUCAUUGGCAUCCUUGCUGCAGAUAGAAUCAUGACUGCAGUUGACUUCUUUUGUUUUUAUUGAUAUGACUUGCCUACAUAGCUCCUCGUCCUGCUACCUUUGUCAGCAUUUAGUGAACUGGCAGCAAUUUUUUUUCUUUUCUCGCCUUUUGUGUUUUGUUAGAACUAGAUAGAGCUUGCAAUGAUAUAUGGCUGCAACUCUUUACGCAAGGGCUUGUUUCUUAACAGCUCCAGCAAAAUUUGUUUUUUGCACUUUUUUCUGUUUAAAACUCAAGCAACUUCUUUUCUUAAGGACUCCCUUUUGAAGUUCUUUCUUGUGUAAUGCAUUUUUAGUACCAUUGCUGCUUGAGCCUUGAGGACAGUAAAUGAUUCUGCCAUCCGGUAAUGGAAGCUGAAUUUUGUUUAGGGUUAAGAUUUGCAUAUUGGUAUGUUAUACAAUAUAUUCAGUGAUCAUUUAUGGACACUUGAAGGACCAAUGCUGGGUGCUGGAGCAGAAAAUUGAUGCUAGCCUCACCAGUGUGGACCCUUUCAGCCAGCUCCAUGCGAUGCAUUGCAGUUUUGGGAAGACAAACUGGGUAACUAGGAGCCCAGCUUACCAGCAGCUCAGACUUCCACUGUUGUUACCAUGGAAAUGCAAGUCGUUUGGCUUUAGGUUUGUGCAUUGGUUUAAAUGAUCUGGUAUGCAAACUAGAGAAUAUGGCAGUGGACAUACCUGCUACAUUGUCCUGUCACCAGAAUAUGCUGACAUUUUUGAGAAGUUAGUUCAUGUCGGUAACGGUAAAAUUGGUUCCUUGUUGGAAAUAGCCCAGUUCUCCAAAACAUGGUUCCCAGAGGCUCUAUAGCUUUGCUCCUUGUCCGUGUUAACGAGCUUUGCUGUCUUGGGACUAGACUUUUUCAUGAAGGUAGUUACAGCUAGAUGCAUCUGUGUCAGGAUUAUGAUUUGUUCUUGAAUUACCGAGAUCCAGGAAUAACCUAAUCUCAGUGCUUCUCUUCUGAGAUCAUGGUGGAGAGACACACUAACCGCCACAGGGGCUUUGGCUUCGUGACAUUUGAAGAUCGGAGGGCAGUUGACAGCGCUAUUAAAGAGAUGCAUGGCCAAGAAAUAGAUGGCCGUACCAUCUCAGUGAACAAGGCUGAGCCUAAGAUGAAUACAGAUGACACAAGGUAUGCCGGUGGUGGUGGACGAGGAGAGUAUCGUGGUGGUAGAGGUGAUGGUCCACCCCCUGGCAAUUGCUUUGAGUGUGGUCGUCCUGGUCAUUGGGUCCGUGACUGCCCUAGUGCUGCUGGCGGUCGUUCUGGCAGGUUCCCAUCCAAGUUCAGUGGUGGCAGUGGCGUUGGCAGGGGAGACCGCUUUUCUGGUUCAGAUAGGUUUGGUGAUCGUUACAUGGAUGAUCGUUAUGAUGGUGGUCGCUAUGGGUACCGUGAUCAAGCUGAUGCAAGGGACAGGUAUGCUGGUGGCCGAGAUCGCUAUGCCAAUGACCGUUACCCAUCUGGUGGCGAUCACUUUGGUGGAGACAGGUAUGGAGGUGGUCCGGAUUGUUAUGUGCCAAGUGGUUAUGGUAGGGAGCGAGAAAGAAGCUACGAGAGAGAUGGAGUUCGUGGUGGUGGUGGCGGCGGCGGCGGCUAUGAUAGGAGUGGCCCAAGGGGUGGUGGUGGGUAUGACAGGGAUGGUCCACGCGGCGGUGGAGGAAGUGCACGCUAUGAUGGAGGAAAUUACAGGGAGAGGCCUGGGCCAUAUGAUCGCCCUAGCAGGGGAGGACGUUUUGAUGAUCGCUACUGAUGAACUGCCUGUAGACUCAAGCUCCUUGUCUUGGUAGUUUAAUGUUUGCAGUUUUGCAUGGCCGAAUGCUUAAUGGGCUAUGGAAGAUGCUUAAUUUAUCCCUCUUCGGCACUUUAAUGUCUGCUCUUUAUUUCAACCAGUACUGGGGCACUGGUUUGCCUUGAUAAGUUUAUCCAGCUGACAGUUUUUGCAUGAGAUGAGUCAUGCUCUGGGCUAUUACCCUGCCUGUUGGAUAUUUCAGUAGCUGAGGUUUGCAGUGAUCGAUUGUCAUUGUUGAUCUGAAUAUCUGGUAUGCGUGGACUAUGUUUAAAGUGAUUGCCUGUCAUCAUUGGUCUAUAUAGUUGGUGAGCAUAUAUAUGUUCAGUGUCGGUGCUUGUCAUUGUUGUUGGUCUGGAUAUCUAGGCUUGCAAGGAUAUAUUUGCAGGGCUGAGUUGCAAGGGCUUAACAGAACAAUAGCCAAAGUACCUUAUAUUUUAGUAGCUGGAGACCAUGUUAAUUAUGCUAUAAUUAGCUGGAGACCAUGUAAAUUUAGCUUAGUUUUUGUCGGCGGUCUGACUUUUGGUGGGAUUUUAUCUUGAACAAACACCGUCCCUGA